CGUCUGCCCCUCCCCCCUGCGUUCGGUCGCUGUGGCACUAAGGGGUCCCGGCGGGAAGCGCGGCAGACGAGCCCACUGUGCGGCCUCCGUCGGGGGAGGGGAUCGAGGAUUCCUUCCUAUGUGACGGUUUCUAGUCUGAGAAAGGCGGCGUCCGGGCUCGGCCUUCGCCCUGCGUGCGAGUGAGCGCAGCGGGACGGUCCAUUGUGUUGGCCCGAGAGGAGCUGCGGUGCUGAGGAUGAGCGGGGAAGGGGAGAACCCGGCCAGCAAGCCCACGCCUGUGCAGGACGUGCAGGGCGACGGACGCUGGAUGUCUCUGCACCAUCGAUUUGUGGCAGACAGCAAAGACAAGGAACCCGAAGUCGUCUUUAUCGGGGACUCCUUGGUUCAGCUAAUGCAUCAGUGUGAGAUCUGGCGGGAGCUCUUCUCACCUCUGCAUGCACUUAACUUUGGCAUUGGCGGUGACAGCACACAGCAUGUACUCUGGCGGCUUGAGAAUGGGGAGCUGGAGCACAUCCGGCCCAAGAUUGUGGUGGUCUGGGUGGGCACCAACAACCACAGCCACACAGCAGAACAAGUGACAGGUGGCAUCAAAGCCAUUGUACAACUGGUGAACAAGCUGCAGCCCCAGGCCCGGGUGGUUGUGCUGGGCCUGCUUCCAAGAGGCCAGCACCCCAACCCACUUCGAGAGAAAAACCGACAGGUGAACGAGCUGGUUCGGGCAGCACUAGCUGGCUACCCCCGAGCGCACUUCUUAGAUGCAGACCCUGGCUUUGUGCACUCGGACGGUACCAUAAGUCACCAUGACAUGUAUGACUACCUGCACCUGAGCCGCCUGGGGUACACACCUGUCUGCCGGGCCCUGCACUCCUUGCUGCUUCGUCUCCUGGCCCAAGAUCAGGGCCAAGGCAUCCCUCUGCCAGAGACAGCACCCUAAGCAUCUUUCCUUCCUUCCCUUGACAUUAAAUUCUCCUCUUCCACCUA